GACGUCCAUCGCAUGCAGGCGGCGGCUCGGCUUGGGAGAUACACCAUCGAGACGCAACGUCAGUUUUCGACAUCCACCUCUUCGAGCAACACGGUCGCUGCAUUCACGCUGUGCUCAGACUUCUUAUCCACCACCGUGCUUCUCACCUUCUCGCAACUCAACAGCAGACUCACUCCUGGAAUACAGGUGCAGUUCCGAACGCUGGGCCGACUUGCUGGAAACAACAGCAGCAACAUCCACUUUCACCUUCUUGGACCCUUCAACCCGCCAGCGAGCCCUGGCGCGUAUCGAUCCAUCAUCGACUUUGUUACGCGCUCCGCUCUCGCUCAGCCAGUCAUCAAGCUCAACUUUCUACGAGCUUCGACGAGCAUCCUACAGGCUCAAGCUAUAGACCAGCCACACCGCACGGAGUCGAAAUCCAGGAUCGACCAAGAUGGUGGAGAUUACAGAGCAGGAUGCUUGGAUCUCUCAUCUGAGCGACUGCAAGCAAUUGUCAGAGAACGACAUCAAGCGCCUUUGCGAAAAGGCGCGAGAGAUUCUGCUGGACGAGUCCAACGUCCAGCCCGUGCGCUGCCCGGUCACCGUGUGUGGAGACAUCCAUGGUCAAUUUCAUGACUUGUCGGAGCUCUUCCGAAUCGGAGGCAAUUCGCCAGACACCAACUACCUCUUCAUGGGAGACUAUGUCGACAGAGGAUACUAUUCCGUGGAGACUGUCACUUUGCUCGUGGCGCUGAAGGUCAGGUAUCGCGAUCGCGUGACUAUUUUGAGAGGAAAUCACGAGAGUAGGCAGAUCACACAGGUCUAUGGUUUCUAUGACGAGUGCUUGCGCAAGUACGGCAACGCGAAUGUCUGGAAAUACUUCACCGAUCUCUUCGAUUAUCUGCCCUUGACUGCUCUCAUCGAUGACCAGAUCUUCUGCUUGCACGGCGGGCUUUCCCCUUCCAUCGACACUCUGGACCACAUCAGGUCCAUUGACCGCAUCCAAGAAGUCCCGCAUGAGGGUCCAAUGUGCGACUUGCUGUGGUCCGACCCCGAUGAUCGAUGCGGUUGGGGUAUUAGUCCCAGAGGUGCCGGCUACACCUUUGGCCAAGAUAUCAGCGAAGCUUUCAACCACAACAACGGCCUCACGCUCGUUGCGCGUGCCCACCAGCUUGUGAUGGACGGCUUCAACUGGUCACAAGAGAGGAAUGUGGUCACCAUCUUUUCGGCUCCCAACUACUGCUACAGAUGCGGCAAUCAAGCCGCAAUCAUGGAAAUCGACGAGAAUCUCAAGUACACUUUCUUGCAAUUCGACCCUGCACCGCGCGCCGGAGAGCCCUUGGUCUCACGAAGAGUGCCAGAUUACUUCCUGUGAUACCUUGAACCAUGAUGACGGAGCGAGAAGAAGUGCGAGGACGAGCGAUGAAAGUAUGCAAGAGAGGUGUCUUCGUACCGCAGAUUGGACAUUUGAUCUACGAACAAACACACACUACAUGGUGCAUUUUCAUGAUUUGAGCCACUUAAGAGGGGGCCACUGCGGUUGCCUUUGUGUCUGUCUACGCGUGGGAAGGGUGAACAACUUUCGACCUGGCUCCAGACUACACAUCCAAAGAGACGCUUGGCGCCCACCGUAUGGGGCGUGGCGAAAUGCUCUUCACCUGCUGAUCAA